AUGGGUGAUGGUCCUUCCUUGGAGAUUUAUCCACUUGCGAGGGAUGAGGCCGAGUCUGCCCGCCUCAACGCGCAGCAUAAACUCCUCGUCGAUAUUGUCGGCGGGCCGAUUGAUAAAUCGAUUCGGUUAGAAAAUAUCGCCAGUGUCGCGGAUGUUGGGACGGGGACUGGAAUCUGGCUCCUCGACGCAAAAACCCAUCUAAUCACAUAUUCCCCAAACACAAACCCAUAUACCCUCCACGGCUUCGACAUCUCCGCCGCGCAGUUCCUCCCCUCACCCGAAACGCACGGACUCACGCUUUCGGUGCACGACAUCUUGCGCCCGUUCCCGAUCGCGCACCGGGAGAGAUAUGACCUCGUCCAUGUGCGCAUGCUUGUUUCGGCGCUCAAGGUUGAAGAGUAUGAGGUUGCGGUGCGGAAUUUGGUGGGGGUUUUGAAACCAGGCGGCUACCUCCAAUGGACAGACCUCGACUCCUCGCAUCUCUCCUCGGCACCCAGCGCCGCGGACCCCCGCGCGUCGCCACUAAUCACCUCGUGGCUGACGUUCCUCGAGUUGAACAACCUCUCCACCUGCCCGACAACUACUAUCGAGAACGCAUACACGCAUUCCAACGAGCUGCUCGAUAUAUCCAGUACGACGUAUCCCGUCGCCGGCCGUCCGGAACUGAGCGAAAGAGCGCAGAACUGGGAACUCCAGGCGUUUGCGGCGGUAAUGCCGCCUGUUUUGAGGGUUACAGGGCAGGCGAAGAGUCAGGUGGAGGCAGAGGAGAGGGCUAGGGAGGCUGUGAGCGGGGUCAAGGAGUUUUUUGCGGGGGGUGGGGAGGUGUUGGAUUUGAGGUUUGGGGUUGUUGUUGGGAGGAAGAGGGGUUUAUAG